CUCCUGUUGGUGCUGUUCUCCGGCAUGUGGCUCAGAGGAAAGGGGGCCGUCUUCCUCUCUGACCAGUCGAUGAAAAAAAUAAAAAACGACGUAGCGGCACAAGGGCCGAGGGAUGCACGACGGCUCGGGGGAAGCACGGAUUCACAGGCUGAUGCUGCUAAACAUGGAGACUCGCCCCCUCUGCGGAAUAAACCCAGUGUGCGCCCAUUGUGGCCGCUCAGUGAGUUGGUGAAAACAAUAUAUUUGGCUUCUACUUUUUGUUUUUUUUGUUUGGAUACUCACAUCUGCAACGAUGCGGGCUGCGGACCGGAGACGAGCCGCUGCGGCGGUCCUCUUCCUGGUGGGACUCCUCGGCUCCAGAGCGGACGCCAAAACGUCACCGGAGGGUGCAGCCACGGAGGAGGUGACUCUGAAGGUUCACCUGAGCGAUGCCAGCACUCACCAGCCCCUGGGAGGAGCCGCAAUACAGCUCUUCGCCAACCACACUUCUGUAACCACGGAAACCUCAUCACCUGACGGCAACACCUACCUGCGCUUUCCCUACCGCCUUGGGACACCGUUGGUCGUCACCGCAACCAAACGGGGAUAUGUGCCAAACUCUGUGCCCUGGACUCCCUCCAGAUUACCUGUAUUUUCCUCCAUCAGCCUGGACCUGCUACCAGAAAGAGCUGCUACUCUGAUGGUGUAUGAAGAUGUUGUGGAGAUUGUUUCAGGCUUACAAGGUUUCAGGCCUCAGCCCAGAGUUCAUUUCCAACGCAGAGCGCUGAGUCUUCCCUCCAACACGUCUUACGCCAACCUAACUGCUCUGCUCACGGUGGCCAGCUCCCCCUCGCACAUCCAGCACUUUCCCCACCUGCAGGUCCUCAGCGGCAACGGCACAGGCACAGAGAAGAGGUUUGAGUUGACUCCAGUGGCAGCCAUCUCUGUUCACUUAUUGGCCAGCGACGGAGUGGAGCUGCAGGUGAAUGAGCCAAUCACCGUCUCCGUCCCCCUGCCGGCUGACAGUGGCCUGAAGGAAAAUGAUCACAUCCCUGCUUGGAGAUUUGACCCGCGCUUGGGGGCCUGGAUAAAGAGCAGUUGGGGUCAUGUGCAGCGGGACGGCAACCAGCUCAGUCUGACCUACAUUGCUCCUCAGCUGGGAUAUUGGGUGGCCGCCAUGUCCCCACUACACUCAGGUCCAGUGUUUGCGAAGGACAUCAGCACGUACCACACAGUGUUCCUGUUGGCUAUACUGGGAGGCAUGGCUCUCAUCCUGCUCUGCCUGCUCUGCCUCCUGUUGUACUACUGCAGGCGUCGUUGUUUGAAGCCUCGAGGGUCUCACCGCAAGAUCGCACAGUCCUCUGGUCUGGACGGCAGUAAGAGGGACCAAGCCACCUCCAUGUCCCACCUGAACCUCAUCAGCAACGAGGCGCAGCUGGAACUUGUUUCUACGGCGACUGAGCCCGACAUGACCACACCAAUGCUGAAGCCUUCCUCAUAUGAGCACCAAGACAAUCAUCGCCAGCACAGCCUAAUCCAUCACAGCAAACACAGCCGCUCCUCUCUCGGCAACAGCCACCACGGCUCAUCUCUUGGCAAUCUGACGCCUCGCAGCAGAGACUACCUGCAGUCUGUGGAGACGUUCCAAUUAAAGGCUGCCCUCUCAUGCGGAACAGACCGAGGCUACCGUCAAUCAUACACCUCCGUCUGCUCAUCCAGCAAUCCGAUUUCAGAUGCAUCCGCCAAUCACGGUCUGGUGUCGGCUAGCCACCUGAGCGGUGUCGGGAUUGUUGAUUGCGUCUCCCCUUCCUCUCCUCCUCACUCCCCCAGUAGAGGGGAGGGAUGUGAGUGCAGAGCUCCGGACUACCUUCUGUCCCGCUCUGUGGACCACCUGGAGCGUACCAGUCCCCCGUUGCUCUCCCGGCCGGGCCAGCUGCUGUGCUGCGGCUCUGUGGACCUGCUAAGUGGAGGAGAAGGCUACACGAGGGUGCGUCCUACACUGGUGAUCCCGGCACACUACAUGCGCCUGCCAGGGGAGCACCCUCUGUCUGGUCAAGCCCUCCUGCUGCAGACUGAUCAGCAGAGUGACUUGGAGACCAUCCAGGCUGAGCUCAAUGCCACACAUUCCCAGCAGCCCCUGGGGCAAACUCACACUGACUGUGCUCCGUGUCCCACCAACCAGGGUGACGGGGAACGGCUCGGUCUGUCACAGUCUCUGUCUAUCCCAGCAGCUCUUGGGGAAACGGGUCUAGUGGAAAUAAACAUUGAGGACACCUUGUGGGCGGAAAAGACUUUAAUGGAGCUAAGAGGAGGGAAGCCUCUGCUUCACCCACGAGCCUGGUUUGUCUCACUUGAUGGACGCUCCAAUGCUCAUAUUCGCCACUCCUACAUCGAUCUCCAGCGGGCGGGUUGUCACAGCAACACGCCAAACGGAGGAGGUCAGCAAGGUAAUAGCAGUGGCGGGAGACGUGGCGGGAGGCGUGGCAACAGCAACGAUGCCAGUCUGGACUCCGGUGUGGACCUGAACGAGCCAAGAGUGGGCCGCAAGGGGAGAGACGGAGGGCGGGAGGAAAGAGAGGUUGACAGGUCGAAGGGCCCAGCACCAGCCAUGGCCUACACUCAGCUGGUGUAUGUGGAUGAUCUGGUGGAAGGGGGAGGCAGCGAGGAGGAGUCGCCAGAGUGCAGCCCACAGGACAGUAAAACAGGACCCAUCCUGUCAGCCAAAGCAGAGGGGCAGAGAGGGGAGCAGGGCCUGGGGGAUGUGGAAGGGGUACAAAUAGAAGAAGAACCGCCCUCACUUUCCUCUUCCUCCCCUGCUUCUCCUCCUCCCUUGCCAACACCAGAGGAAGAGACGUUCAGGACUGAUCAUGCGCUGCUGUCAGUCUCUCCUGAUGACGAUGCAGCACACGAGGAUGGAGAGGAGGAGAAGAAGAGUCCUUGGCAGAGGAGAGAGGAGCGACCCCUGCUGGCCUUCAACAUGAAAUGAACCACAGACGACCACUUCAAGGAUAGGACCUCAUCUUUUCUUAAUAAAAUACUCACAUGCCCUUAUGUACAUUGCAAGUAGUUUUAGUUGGUGUGAUUGUUCCUCCUGUGAAUACUGGCCUUCCUAAAGAAACAAAUCCACAGUCAUUAUUCUUUGCUUUACUUGAGCAGUCUGAAUUCUUCAAAUCAAGUCAGAAUCUCCCAAAAUGUGUAUUUUUAGAUGGGUAGAGGACUUUGUUAAUCCAAAAGGGAUUCUAGCAACAAACAUGCAAAAAACAUAAAUAACUAGCGUGAAUACAAACAAAAACAUAAAAUCUCUCAAACUGGUAAACUAAUGCAAUUUCAGUCAAAAAUCUAAAUUAUUUAAAUCUAACUUUAGUAACAUCUCAGCACACUUAUUUUUUUCCGACUUACACUUUGCGAUAUCAUUAUUUCCAGUGUCCAUCAUGAAUAAAAGUUCCAUAAAAUCACUUAGAAAUCAUAGCAAAAAGAUAUCCGUUUAACUCGUGAGAAUCAUCACGUGUUCAGACUUUAUGGACUUUGUGUCUGAACAUGCAUGGAUACACUGCAAAUGCUAAAAAAAAGAAGGAUGUUGAAUGUCUUUUUUUAUUAAAAUCACUUUAGAACGGGCUCUUGUUGCUGCCAGAGUAGACAGAAGGAACAAUGACAACAACUAUUGAUGUGGGCAGUGUUGUGAGACUGAUACAAAUGUGAACCUAUACUUUAACCAUGACGUCCCCUGCUUCCCAGAGCAUAACGUGAAGGAUAUCACCAUUUUAAAUUGAGAGUUUUUGUUUUUCCUGAAUAGAGCACUGAGAAAACAUUUCAGCACUGGGAUACCUUUCUAGUCCAGAGUAUGAAGGGACGAUUCAGAGCCUUCAUGAACAUCCACGACCACUUUAUGAAACUACCACUGUUGUACUCCACUUUGCCAUCCUCACGACGCUUUGCAUAAACAGACUACUCCUCAGGAACGAUGUACACAUUACCUGGGGGAGACGAAUAGACAGUGGAGGCAAGAGAUUUCAAUAUUUUAUGCACAACAAAUGUAUGCCUUUUUUAAAUAUAUAUACAUAUAUAUAUAUCUAUAUAUAUAUAUAGAUAUAUAUAUCUAUAUCCUUGUAACCAUAAAGGAACUGUUGUAGAAACGAAUGAUGGGUGGUUCUCACAAAUUUUAAAACUACAGGAGCCUUUUUUCCCGAGCCAUAUUGGCCUCAGUCAUCUGACCGUAAAGAACACACUUUACUUAAACGUUAGAUUAUAACCCUAAUUUUUAAGAUUGUGUAGCAGCUGUGCAAAAUAUUGCAAGAGAUUCUACUCUUUUUGCAAUCAGUAAAAGUGUUUCUGCACAAGAAUCAGGCCUGACUUAAACAUGUGAAUCCUGUAGACUUAAACAUGUGAAUCCUGUAGUUUGAAUGGUUUUAAGUAUGUUGCUAGAAUUGAAUCUAGUCUAUCAGAAGGCUGUUUGGUGUUUACAUGAGCUACA